CAUUUCGUGAAUGACAUACAGACCAACAAAUAAUACAACCACCAACCGCACAUAGUGUGUACUAGUACCAAAGUCAAUAUGGAGUGUUUUUCAUCAACGUCACGUCAAAAACAACACGAACUGUGAUAAUAAACUACUUGAUGUUUAAGGGUCCCGUUCCACCAUGGGUAAACUCCUAUCAAAAAUUUUUGGUAAUAAAGAGAUGCGCAUUCUGAUGUUAGGUUUGGACGCUGCGGGUAAAACCACAAUAUUAUACAAAUUGAAGCUCGGUCAAUCCGUAACAACAAUUCCAACAGUUGGUUUUAAUGUUGAAACAGUUACGUACAAAAAUGUAAAAUUUAAUGUUUGGGAUGUUGGCGGUCAAGAUAAAAUUCGUCCAUUAUGGCGUCAUUAUUAUACUGGAACACAAGGUUUAAUUUUUGUUGUUGAUUGUGCCGAUAGAGACCGAAUAGAUGAAGCGCGACAAGAAUUACAUAGGAUUAUUAAUGACAGAGAAAUGAGGGAUGCGAUUAUUUUGAUUUUUGCGAACAAACAGGACUUACCUGAAGCGAUGAAACCACAUGAAAUUCAAGAAAAACUUGGUUUGACACGAAUAAGGGAUAGGAAUUGGUAUGUUCAACCAGCUUGCGCUACUACUGGAGAUGGUCUGUACGAAGGUCUCACGUGGUUAACAAGUAAUCAUAAGUUAUAGUAAAGAAAGAAAGAAAAGUUUUUUUUUUGCAGUAACUGGGGAGUAAAAAAUUAGACAAAAAAAAUAAGGGUAAAAAAAUUGAUCUGCACAUAUUGGGUUGGUGUAACCCAAUAGCCAUAUUAUAAAAUCUGAUUUUUAAGAGAAAAUCAAAAUGGCGGAUUACUCUUAUUUUUGGGUUCCCUGUAUUUUGUAAAUAAAUAAAUAUAAUAAAAAAACGCUCGUAAAACGAUGUAAUGAUAUCCUCAAUUGUUUUAUAUUUGUAAAUGAGUAUAAAUGAUUAACGCAUUUUUCUAAACGAAAUAAGCAAGCAUUAAAACUACUCCUCAAUUUAUUAUUACUGUUUACUUUUGUUACUUUUUUUUUUCUCAUUUUCAUUUUUUUUUAUACUAGACCUAAAAAAUAUUAGAUAAUUUAAUGAAUUUCACGAUGUAGGCAAUAUUAUUUCCAAUAUGCAAAUAAAAAAGAAGUGAAAUUGGAACCUAAAAAUGUUUCAACUAUUAUAUAUUUAUUUUUUAUUAUUCAUAUAUAUAUAUAUAUAUUUUUUUUUGUAUAGGAUUAUCAGAAAAAAACCGUGUCGAUGUAGAAUAUUCCUUAAAAAAGCAUUUUUAUUUUUCAUAGUCAAGUUUUUUUGAUAAUAAACCUGCUAAUUCCAACCAAAACAGAUUUUUUUAUUAAUUUUUAAGGUUGUAACUAAAUAUACUGACAAAAAUUAGGUAUAAAGCAAAUUACCCAAACAUACCCCCAACCAAGAAGAACAAAAAAUAAACAAUUAAUAAAUUUA